AUGUCUUCCACCAAGUUGUUCCCGCCCUCAGACGCGUCGCGUCAAAGAUCGGGAAUCCUCACGCCCAGCUCCGAUGGCUCUCUGAACUCCAAACAUGCGGUGCUGCCGCCGCCCGUCAAGAACGCGCAGAGAAGACGCAGCGGGUCCCACGCCAUGGGAGAUUUGUUGAAGGCUGCCAUUGUCGUCAAAGCGCACCCGUCUAGCAUCCUCGCGAAGCCGUGCACGCUGCAGCCUCUCAUGCUUCUCCCUCGCGAGCACCUCUCACUUGCAUGCCUCGAUCUCGGCGCGCCGCAAGGUGACCUCCCUUCCAGUCGACUCUACGAAGCCCACAUCAAGAUCCUUGACCUCGAAGACCGCGUCGCCGAUAAGCCGAGCCUGCUCCUCGCGCGUAACGACGCCUCACAGUCCGUUUACGCGCUGGAACGCGCCGCAGCCUCGGGGAACAAUCUGUACACGGUCUGCAAGCUCGGCCUGUGGGUUGAUCUCUUGGCAUUGUCCGACAAGGCCACCGUAACGGGGAAGCAUGUCGCGCGUAUGCGCAUGGCGGAGGAGGCGAGGCAGUCUCAGCAGGAGCAGGAGCUCCCGCUGAUAACGCGGGGAUUGCACAAGGAACACAAGGAAAAGAGGCUGGCGAUCGAGGCGCUGCAGCAGUCGAUUGUGAGGAAGAGGGGCCGCUCGCAGUCCGUCUCGACAUUUGACGAGGCGAGGGCGGAGAAGCGGACGAGGUCUGAUGACGACAUGUCGCAGCCGCAGACACCGAGCGGGUUGAGCAGCCAGAUAUUGGAAGCGAAAUCCGAGCCGACGGAAUGGAUCGAGACUCAUCUAGACAUCGUGGAGCCGACGCCACAGCCGAUGCCCGACCCCAAUGCCCAGCAGACGGCGGGCGACAUCAUGGACAACAUCAGGACGCACUACAUCGAGGCGCUUUACAAGUCAAUGGGAUCACUGGCCUACUUCGCAAAAGGGCCAUUAUCUCGAGCCCGAGCCGCGUUCCACCUCGACUGCGAUGGCUCCAUGAAUAUGAAUGACCUCAUAGACUUCCUGAAGAGUCUUGUAAUGACCACAGUCCAGAUCGAUAAGAAGUACCGCGAGACGAUUCCCGAAAUAAUCUCGAAAUUGAAGACGCACAUCGAUACUUCGGACGACGGCAGCAAACCCAAGAGGAGGAAGUCCAAGAAGAUGAAACUGGGCAAGGAUGGCAUGUACCCCGGAGAAGACGAUCAUGUACGCAACUGGUGGAGCUCGAACAAGCCAGAGUUCAGCGACGAAGACAAAACCAUCACACCCGCACAGAUCAAAUCCCACGUGUCUCUGUUGAGGACCCGCGAGACGCAGCUGCAGAUGAUUCUGAUACUGGAGAUUCUGGCGCUGGAGCCUUUGCGGACGGCUGAGGGGGAUGGGGAGAGUCAGCUGCCCGGUCUCUCUGGGGAACCGGAGGUCGAGAAGGCUGUCGAGGCUCAACCGAAAAAGCGGAGCAAGCACAACUUCCCCGUGCUGGCGGACGUACACGCCGACCGAUUGUGUAUCUGGCAGUCGACCGCUUCCGACGAGCUGCGGAUGUUGGAGGACUCUCAGGUGACUACACCUUCUGGCGGAGAGCCGGCCCAGAAGGCCUCCUCAGAUCCUCUCAGGGACUUUUGCACCGAUAUCGUUAUGCCAUUCUUCGCCGCCCGACUGCCGGAGAUAUGCGAUUCGAUAAGCCGUAAACUCGGCGGGCCAGUGAUAAUUGCCCCGCCCCAGCCAAAGGCGAAGCCUUCGUCCUUGGUGUCGACGAGCAAAUCUGACACAAGGCCCGGGGCCGCCGCAAAGCGGCCUUCCAAUGGAAGGCCGGCGACGAAAAACAUCGAAAAGGCGUUGUUCAGAGAGCAAUCACGACGCAGUGUAUCCAGAGGGCCCAGCAACGCAAUCGCGCUUUUGAGAUCGGCGACAUCGGCCAACAUCCCCGGCUUCAAGCGGGAGACUAGCGACCUCGACCGGAAGUCGUCCGUGGAUAGGAUGGGUUUGCUUUUCAGGAGCAACAGCCUAACAGCCCUGGACGACGUCAAGGCGCAGAAGAAGGCACUUGUCGAGGCCGAGUUGAAGGACGCUAUCACAGCCAUCAGGAGACCGAACCGCGAUCUCGCGGGCAAGGCUGUUGUUGAGGCUGCGGAGAAGCGGACUUCUGGCGGUCUAUCUUCGAUUAAGAAAUCCAAGAAACCGACUCGGCACCCGCUCUUUGACUCGGUACAGGUAAAGGUGACACCAGCCAAUCACCGGUUCCGGGACGCCUUGGCUGCAGAGUCGAAGAGCUCUGACAGAAUGGCCAUACCAAUGUCGAGUAUACCGCCGUCUAGCGCUUCAAGGAUUCCCUCCAGCGGGCCACGGAGGGGCCACAUCGACAUCUUUAGUAGGACACCUUCGUCUGCCAUUCAGGUCACACCCGUGAAACGCGGGGCAUCUUUCCUGGGCCCUUCGCCGACCGACGAGCCCGCUAUCCCACCCUCGUCGCCCCUAAUGGUGAGAAAACCAGCUAGGGAGCAGCAUCUGAGUGUACCCGGCAGCGUGAUCAGGUCAAGGCCUCCACCCGUGCGGUCGCAGUCGCCGGACCCGGGCCUGCCGGUGACGCCCUGCAAGCAACGGACGGUGGACGUGUUGGGAGAUGAGGUGGCGGCAACGCCAAUGGGAAAACUGGCUCCAUCGCAGCCGACGCCGUCGCCCCCAAAGGAGCAACCGAAGUCGAUUUAUGCGCGACUCGGUUGGGAUGACGACUUUGACGACUUUUAA